AUAUUCAAAUCUCCAGUAUAAAAAAUCCUAAUUCAUAAUAAAUAUGUAUAAUAAUACACAAUGGGCGUGGCUAAACUGCUGUAGGUGUAAUGGGCGUGACACACACACACACACACACACACACACAGACUCUCUCUCUCACACACACACACACACACACACACAGACUCUCUCUCAGACACACACACACACACACAAAGAAAAUACACACCAACAGACAGCAGCAGUGUUUCCUAUCCUGCAUAUCCUGAGAGGAAGAAGCAGAGUGGGGAGGAGAGACAGCACACACACACACACACACACACACACACACGCCCCUCAAACUCAGCUCAGCAGAUGUGAGAGUCGUCUGAACUCAACACCUUCAACAUUAAACACAGAAGAAAGGAAAAGAGACGCCACGUAAAAGAAGUGAGGAAGAAGAAGAAGAAGAAAAAGAAAAAGGAGAAGAAACUGUUUCUUAUUUCUGAUGUGGAAACCUUUCAUUUUUAAAUAAAUAACGAUAAAGAGAGAGAUAGAGGGAGAGAGAAAGACAGAGAGAGAGAGAGAGAGAGAGAGAGAGCAGAAUGGCUGUUCCGGUGUCCUCCAGCUGUGUUGUGCUUUUUGUCCUCAUCUCCAUCCUGUCUCUCGCUCCGGUCUCAUCCACAACCACCACGAACUGCUCUUCAAUCCGUCCUCGCACGUUCAAUAUCAUAUACUCUGGCUGCAACGCGACAAUUCGUGGAAAGGAGAAGGAUGAAAUCCAAGCAGCCACCACGGUUCUCCUGGUUCCUCUUCUCUACCUCGUCUCUUUUGUGUUCGGUUUCCCCGCUAACCUUCUGGCGCUGUGGGUUCUUCUCUUCCGCACAAAAAAGUUUCCAUCCACCAUUCUGUUAGUGAACCUCACCUGCUGCGACCUUCUUCUGCUCCUCAUGCUUCCCUUUCGCAUCAUCUACCACUUCCAGGGAAACAACUGGAUGUUUGGAGAAGCCUCCUGCCGCUUGCUAAUCGCUCUGUUUUACGGGAACAUGUACGGCUCGGUGAUUUGCCUGGCGCUCAUCGCCGUGGACCGGUACGUGGCUCUGGUGCAUCCGUUUGGCGCCAAAACACUGCGGAGUCACAAGACGUCCAUCUUGAUGAGCGUGAUGGUGUGGAUCAUGGUGGUGGUCGCAGCUGUGCCUCUGCUAACUUCACGUCAAUCUUACUUCAUAAGCAACCUUUCGAUUACAACAUGCCACGACGCUCUUCCUGAAGAGGAACAGGAAAACUACUUCGUGCCGUAUUUUGCCACGCUCUUCUUCCUCUGCUUUCUCCUCCCGUUCUUCGUGGUGGUUGUCUGCUACAGCGCUGUACUGCGCACCCUAGUGGCCGCUGGUGCUCGCUACACUCACGCAGCCCGAGUCAUGGCGCUCGUGCUGGUGGUUUUCAUCGUCUGCUUGCUGCCCAGUAACAUUCUCCUGCUCAUGCACUACUCCAAAUCUUUAUUCAAGCAUGACGGCAUGAAAGAUUAUGAUGAUCCUGACGCUGAGGAAGUUGCCGGUAGCAAUGACAACUACAGUCGACUCUACGUUCCCUACAUGAUCAGCCUCGCCAUCAGCACCUUUAACAGCUGCAUCGACCCCUUUAUCUUCUACUAUGUCUCUGAGGAAUUUAGAAAAAAAGCAAGAAUGUUGCUAUGCUGCUCAAAAACCUUCUACGAAUCUUCUUCUGGAAGCUCCACAGGAACGAUGAGGUCAAAGGUCACGCAGCUGUCCAUGUUGGGAAAAACUAAAGGACUUUCGGAAAACGGUGCAGCAAGCUCGUAAAGUGGUCACUUGCAGCUCAAGAAGGAGGAGGAGUCACAACGACAACGACGCAGAUAAAACCGUUUCCUCACAGACUCACUGUCAUGAUAUUAAAUCUUAGAUCUUUUGUUAGCUAGCUGCCAUGCAUUUUAUCUUGUUUGCUUCAUUGCUAGCAUGCUAUGUAGCUAAUCAUAAGCUGCUUCUAUAAAUAACUAGCAUGCUAACUCUAAAGUUAGAUUACAGUAAUGCCUCAUGGGUAAGAGAGGCUCGACUCAUUCCUUCAGCUUACAAACUCCCCCUGAGCUGGUUAAAUAUAAAGCAGCCCAGAUGGACUGAACCAAGGGGAAGUGAAUAGGGGAAGUGGUUUAUUGGAACACAGCCUUGAAAAAUCCAUCUGAAAUAUUUUCAUUAUUUUAGAACAAACCUGGAACCUUGUGCUGAAGUGCUGAAGUGAAGGACGAACAAAAGGAUAAAAACAUUGAUUUUAAUCUUAAAGCUGUAAAACUCAAGCUAAAUGGAUAAAUGUUGUCUAACUCAGUGUGUUAUGUUUGGAUAAGCUGUUUUGGAGAAACAGUGUGUGUGUGUGUGUGUGUGUGUGUGUGUGUGUGUGUGAUGAUUCCGUAUAAACAGGAAGAUGUGUGUAUGAACUGUAUAAUCUGUUUAAGGAAGAGAUUAGCAUUCUUAAUAAUAAUGAAUAAAACGAUAUUGAAGAGACUGAUGAUGUGUUCAUGAAGGAUUAAUAGAAGCUUAUGACGCGUAUUUCGUGUUAAUUCAUAAAACGUAGCUAAAUCUUUGUAGUUAUAAAGUUAUAGUGUUAGACUAGAUUAUCCUCUUUAGACUUUUUUAUUAGCAUUUUGUAUUUUGGAUGCUGAUCUUCAGGGAUCCGUUUGAGGAAGAGCUGCAACAAAGAUGCCGAAGGUUAAAAAAACCCAAAUCAUCGCUGUUGUAAACGAUCUUCUUUACGUUAAAGCUGUUAUUACUCGUUUUAUUAUUUUAUUAUAACUCAUCUUCAAACCCAAACCUUUACUAGCUGACUAGUUUUCAGAAAUGUAAAGAUGUUUGAAUAAAUGUUCCUAGCUAAGUCUUUUUUUUCUGAGCUCAAACAUUUAAAUAUAGCGAUUAUACCUAGCAACGUUUUUUAUUAAUAUUUAACCGCUGAUUCUCUUAUUGCGAGGAACAAAUAUGUUCUCAUACGUUAUCAUUUCUAUAGUAACGGCUCAGGGACUCGUACGACGGAUCCUUCACUGAUAAUAAGCAGAUUAAACGAUGUGUGGAAUCGCUGAUGUGGUGAAGUUUUCUUGAAGUAAGGAGAUGUUUAUGUAACACGUAUGGAAGGAGUCUCCAGUGUCAGCGCUUUGUAACAGUCAGAGGUAAAGCUGUAACUGUAAGUUUUCCGACAUCUUCAGGACAGAGGAGUUUACGCUUCUUUGCGGUUUCUCAGUAACAUGCGCAACAAACUGCGAUUCUUUUUUUGUUUAUAGCUGCUAUAACGUAAGUGACAACAGGAAGAACUUUAUUUCUGUAUUUUAUUUGUCAAUAAUUUACUGGAACACACACACACUGUGUUUAUUAUCUACUGUACUACUCUGCAGUAAUUAUUAAUAUUAUUUUAACUGUAGUUGAGCUUUUUGUCAGGUUGUUAGAACAUUACGGUCAAAUUUACACAAACUUUUAGCGUGUGUUCGAUCGUACAGAUACGCCAAAGAUAAAACUGCUUUUUUUUUUUUUUUUUUGCUUUUCUUGUUUUUGUUUUGGGGCCAGUCUCUUCAUUAUUAUUCUAAAAUAUUAAAAAGGGGAUAAAAAUGAAGACCUUUUUUAUGAGCAGAUGUUUUAUUUUCUUUAGAUUGUUGUGUAUAUAAGCAGGAAUUUACGUAUACGUACAUUUAUACAUUUAUAUUUUGUUUUGUUCUCUGUGGUUCUGUACAGGAGCGCUGUGGUUCUGUCUCUCAUUAGCAGCUUGAUAAAUCAUCCAGAUUGUGUUUAACAGCAUGUCUAAACCAAUAACUGGCCUACACACACACACACACACACACACACACACACAGAGGAAACCACAUAAUAGCCUUGGAAAACAAAUGAGCCCGUGUGUUAUCUUUUCUCUCUAACACACACUGAAAUCCUGUUACAUGUUGAACAUUGAAAUACAAAUAAAUUACGAAAUAUUUAAAAAAAUAUUCAUAUUAUUUUAUGAAGUUUUACACUGUCACAACAUAAAGAUCAUGAGUAUAAGGUGGACUUUGAGCUGCUGGAGAUGUGCUAAAGUUGUAUUUUUAUUAUUUUUAUUUUUCUUGUAUGUUCUCUGUAUAAUAGAUGAAAGUUAUUCUCAGUAUUAAUGUGUAAUAAAUAAAAUAAUUUCCUGAU